UGCCGCCAGUCGAUGAGCUCGCAGGUAUAGCCAAAAGAUGUUGCCGAAUCAAGAACUUUGCCUUGUGGGAAUCGCCCUCCUAGCCAUGGUUGGGCUUUCCCAGGCAGCUCCUCCGCUAACUGGCCGCGUGGUAAACGGCACGGAUUCUAGUGUGGAAAAGUAUCCUUUCGUGAUUUCCCUGCGUGGCCCCUCCGGCUCGCAUUCCUGCGGAGGAUCCAUUGUUUCCAAGCAAUUUGCUCUGACUGCCGCCCACUGCACCGCCGGACGCACCGCCGAUCAGCUAUCCAUUCAAUAUGGUGUUACGACCAUCAACUCCACCGGCCCGAAUAUUGUGAAAGUUAAGAAGAUCAUUCAGCAUGAGCUCUACAAUCCUAACAACAACUAUGCCAAUGACAUCUCCCUCCUGCUGGUGGAGGAGCCCUUCCCCCUUGAUGGCAAGACUGUGGCCGCCGUCCAGUUGCCGGAACUCGCUUUCGCCACUCCUCAAACUGAUGCCGGCGGUGAAGGUGUCCUUGUGGGAUGGGGCCUUAACGAGACUGGUGGCUACAUCCAGAACACAUUGCAGCAGGUCGAUCUGAAGGUCUACUCGGAUGAGGAAUGUACCACUCGCCAUAAUGGAAAAACGGAUCCCAGAUACCACAUCUGCGGCGGAGUGGAUGAGGGCGGCAAGGGCCAAUGCAGCGGCGACUCCGGCGGUCCGCUCAUCUACAAUGGUCAGCAGGUGGGCAUCGUGUCCUGGAGUGUCAAGCCCUGCACCGUGGCUCCCUAUCCGGGUGUCUAUUGCAAGGUCAGUCAGUACGUUGACUGGAUCAAGAAAAACCUUAUUAUUUUGGCUUAGUCAUGGAAUUAUCUUUGACGUUUUCAAAAUCAGUUAAAUGCAAUAAAUUAAAUUGAUAAAUUGGCAUUUUUAAAA